AAUUCCCAAUUCUCAAAAGUUUCUUUCUUUUUCAAAUGCUCUGUCGCGACUUGCGAAUUCCUAAGAAUGGCUAAACGAAUGCGCAAAUUCCUCAGCCGCCACUCCGCCGCAAGCCGUAAAUUCCUCUGCUCUCUGGCGCAACCCUCCCCUAGCGCCAUACCCGACCCGCCCAUCCCCGCCGGCGGUUCUGCAAACAAAAAGCUCCAUGAAGAGUUGCGGAAGCUCCGAAUCCUCCUCCAACAGAAUCGGACCGAUAGCGCAAAGACUUUUCUUAUUCACCUCUCCCAGUCGAACUCUGUAUCCGAACUGUACAAUGUCUUCUGUGUCACCUCGCCUUCAUCCAGCAAGCCGAUCUUUGCUGACAUGCUUUUCUCCAUCUAUGCCGACUCCAAGCUUCUCGAUAAAGCAAGCGAGCUGUAUGCGUUGAUGAAAAAAGAGGGUAAGUUCCCUUCCUUGUCUGGUCUCAAUGCGUUUCUGGGAAUGCUGAACUCAUCGAGACAGUACCCCAAGGUUCUUGAAGUGUUUUCUGACGCUGUGAAUGCAGAGAUUCAGAUCGAUAGCUGUAGUUGUGGUGUGGCUAUACAAUCAGCCGUGAAGAUGGGUGACUUGAAACGGGCACUUAGUUUGAUGGAUUUCAUGAGAAAGUCUAGGUUUCGUGUGGACUCCUUUGUUUACAAUGUGGUCAUGGGGGGCUUUUGUAAAGAGAGAAGGGUUGGUGAAGCACGGAAGCUGUUUGAUGAAAUGCUCGUGAGAAGAAUGACGCCUACUACGGUCACGUUUAACAUUCUUAUUGAUGGGUACUGUAAAUUGGGGGAUUUAGAAGAGGCUUUUAAUAUGUGGGAAAUUUUGAAGGAUACAAACCUAAAGCCGAAUCUGAUCACAUUUAACACUUUGCUCAGUGGGCUUUGUAAGAUGGGGAGAAUGGAGGAAGCCAACAAGGUGUUGGAGGAAAUGAAGACUUUCGGAUUUGUUCCUGAUGGAUUUACAUAUAGUGUACUCUUUGACGGGCACUCAAGGUGCAGUGAUGUCGAUUCAUCUUUGGCGUUGUUUGAAGAAUUGGUGAAGAAAGGAGUUGAAAUAAAUGAGUAUACUAUCAGCAUUUUGUUGAAUGUGUUGUGCAAGAAUGGGAAGAUUGAAAAAGCCGAGCAGAUUCUCAACAUGUUGAUACAAAGUAGACUUACCCCUACAGAGGUGAUAUUUAACAUAAUUCUUAAUGGCUAUUGCAAGGAAGGCAAUAUGGUGAAGGCAGUCUCAACUGUUGAAGCAAUGGAAAGUUUUGGAUUGAAGCCAAGUUGUGCCACAUUUAACACAUUAAUCGGUAGGGCAUGUAAAUCUGGGAAGAUGGAAGAGGCGGAGGGGUGGUUUAAAAAGAUGGCUGAGAAGCAAGUUUUUCCAACCGUGCAGACAUACAACAUCUUAAUGAACGGUUAUGGGUGUAGUCAUAAAUUUGAUCGGUGCUUUGAGAUUCUUGUGGAAAUGGAGAACGGUGGACUGAAGCCCAAUGUAGUAACAUAUGGUUCAUUAAUCAAUUGUUUGUGCAAGCACAACAGGCUUCUUGAGGCUGAGGUGCUAGUGAACGAUAUGCUUGGUAGAGGGGUAAAGCCGAAUGUUCAAGUAUAUAAUAUGAUUAUAGAUGGUAGUUGCACCAGUGGAAAAAUGGAAGAUGCUUUCCAGAUUUUGGAUAAGAUGGUUGGGAAUGACAUUGCACCCACAAUUGUAACAUAUAAUUCAAUAAUAAACGGGUUCUGUAGAAAGGGAAGGGCAAGAGAAGCCGAGGAAUUAAUGCUUAUGAUUCCAGAAAGAGGUUUAAAGCCUGAUGUUAUUACAUAUAAUUCUUUGAUCUCUGGCUACUCACGUGCAGGGGACACUGACAAGUGUUUCGAAUGGUAUGAAAAGAUGAAAACUGCUGGUGUUAAACCUACCUUAAACACAUAUCAUCCACUAAUUAAUGCAUGUAAAAAGGAAGAAUCUGGACGGACGCUAGCAGACAAAAUUGUGCAAGAAAUGGCCAUAAUGAAUCUGUCUCCUGAUAGAGCUGUAUAUAAUGAGCUAAUUUGUUGCUAUGCACUUCAUGGAGAAGUUGGAAAAUCAAUUGACCUGAGCAAUAAAAUGGAAGAACAAGGGAUUCUUGCUGACAAGAUGACCUACAAUAGCUUAAUUAUGGGCCAUUUGAUGACUGGGGAUAAUCUAAAAGCACGGAACGUUUUUGAUAGCAUGAAGGCUAGAGGAAUUGUUCCUAAUUCUGACACUUAUAACACAUUGAUUAGUUGGCAUUGUAAACUCAAAGAUUUCAAUGGAGCAUACAUCUGGUACAGAGAAAUGUUUGAGCAUGGUUUUCUGCCAGUAUUCGCUAUCUGUGAUGAGCUGAUUUCUGGCCUCAAGGCAGAAGGAAAGUUGGUGGAAGCUGGUAUAAUUUGCUCAGAAAUGAGUGCUAAAGGAUUACAUGAUCGAAGCUGAGAUGAGGAUUUCUUUGCCUUUUCUAAAGCCUAAGUCAAUUGUAUAUUUAUUUUACAUUUUUUUUAUCAUUGGUUCCCAUGCAAUACAAAAGUACAUUUCAAUGGAGAUUGAUAAAAAUGAAUCUGAUUUGGCUACACAAUCAAGCAACGUAAGUUAUGCAAUGAGCACAUUGGAGGGACAUAUCCCCGGAAUGUGAAGAUGAAUUGAAGCCUAAAGUUGGCAUGUUAUUUAAUUCGUCUGAAUAUGGAUGAGACUUUUAUAAAAGGAAUGACCACUGUUUGUGUCCAAGAACGUCACAUAAAAAUAGCCUCUCCACUUUAUGAUGGGGGGUAAGUGUCACCACAAUCAAUUAGAAAAUUGAUGAGGGCAGCUUGCAGGAGCAAAAGCAUUGCGGUUUACACUUGAAGACGAUGGUCAUACAUGACUAAUGAACUCAGUGGACGGAGGGAGUAUCGAACUUGUUCAUCCACAAUGCCCUUUUAUUGAAAUAGACAUGGUCUUCAAUUUCUCCAUUUCUGAAACCUUCAAAGAUUUUUUAGCUGGUUGAGCAAGGGGGUGCCAAAGAGGGUGACCGUCCGGCCAUUUCUGAGGAAGCCCUCGGGGAUGGGGCCCAUCCUUUUCAAAGAUUUUUCCCGGAGAAUUAAUUACGGGCCGGAUAUUUCAAGUAAAUGCAAUGUUGUUCUUUGUUAUUCCCAACUUUGGUCGAGGUUAAACACACUUUAAAAUAGUCAUGUGACACGCCUAGGUUUACAUCCAUUCCCAAAAUUAAACUAAUAUAUUCUCUCCACCCUA